CAACACCACGCGACAGGCACCGACAAGAUGGCGGCCACUUCAGAAACAGAGGAGCUGCGGCCGUGAAGGAGAGGCUCGAAGCCACCAUGCCCGGGGGAGGGUCCCGUUUCUCAACUCGUCGCCAUGGUGAUAUGAAGCCAGCGUGAAGCGUUGAGACACCCGCUCACAGACUCUCGCACACACACCGUCAGCUAUUGACUGACGCGGCCGGCUUCGGCUGUGUGUGAUGGACAGGUGCAAGCAUGUGGGGCGGCUGCGGCUGGCCCCGGAUCACUCCAUCCUCAACCCCCAGAAGUGGCACUGCGUGGACUGCAACACCAGCGAGUCCAUAUGGGCCUGCCUGGGCUGCGCGCAUGUGGCGUGCGGGCGCUACAUCGAGGAGCACGCUCUGCAGCACUUCCAACAGCAGCACCACCCGUUGGCUAUGGAGGUUAACGAACUUUACGUUUUUUGCUACUUGUGUGACGACUACGUCCUGAACGAUAACGCCACCGGGGACUUGAAGCUGCUGCGCAGUACGCUCAGCGCCAUCCAGAGCCAGCGCUAUGAGGUCACCACCCGCAGUGGACGCACCCUCCGCUCGGCGAGCGCCGCCCCCGACGCCCUAAUGCCAUGCGCCGCCCGCGAGCUGCAGCUAAGGGACGAAGACAGGAUGUUUACGGCGCUCUGGCACCGCCGCAGGGCGCUAAUGGGACGUGUCUUCCGCCUCUGGUUUGCACUGACUGAAUGCGGAAAGAAGAGGGAGGAAGAAGAGAGGAGGAGGGAGGAGGAUGAAGAGCAAAAGAGGGAGGCGCGGGAGAGGAGGCGGGCUACAAAGAGGCAGCUACUGGAGGAGUUGGAGAAUGCCCCUCUCCGGAAGAGCCGGCGCUUACGCUCGAAGAGCAAGAGAGUCGCCGAUGCGGCGGUGACGACGCCGUCUCAGAGGACGCGCAACCAGACAAAGACCCCCGUGACCCCGUCUCUCACCCGCAGGCCGAGGACCCCGAGCCCUGUCACUGUGACCCCCAGGAGAAGUGAAAGGACGAAAAAGGUCCAGCCAACUCCCAAACCCCGGACCCGUUCUUCAACCACCAAAUUGAGGCCCAAAACUCCCCCAGCGACCCCCUGUUCUGCCCAAACACCCGUUCCCCGCAAGCAGAAUACCAAACAGGGCGGCUCGCCCUUCAAACGGCGUCCCACGGUCACCCCUGGAGUGACGGGCCUGAGAAAUCUAGGCAACACUUGUUAUAUGAACUCCAUCCUGCAGGUGCUGAGCCACCUUCACGUCUUCCGGGAGUGCUUUCUGCGCCUGGAUCUGACCCAAGCGCUGGAGCUACUGGCGUCUGCCGUCCACGGCCAACUGGCAGUGAAGGCCCCGUCCCAGACCCAGAUCCAGUCUCAGACCCAGUCCCCUCUGAUCCAAAGGAGGGGAUUCCAUGCCAGUUCGGGCUCUGGGACCGGGCUGAGCGGCGGGGCCUCGCGGACCCGCAGCAUGGAGCUGAUACAACCCAAAGAGCCCAGCUCAAAGCACAUCUCCCUCUGCCACGAGCUGCACACCUUGUUCCAGGUGAUGUGGUCGGGCAAGUGGGCGCUGGUGUCUCCCUUUGCCAUGCUGCACUCGGUGUGGCAGCUGAUCCCGGCGUUCAGGGGCUACGCCCAGCAGGACGCUCAGGAGUUCCUGUGUGAGCUGCUGGACAAAGUGCAGCACGAGCUGGAGAGCACCGGCAAGCACACGACCACCGCCGGGGUCCCCCAGAAACGACUCAUCAAGCAGGUGCUCAGUGUGGUCAACACCAUCUUCCACGGCCAGCUCCUCAGCCAGGUGACGUGCCUGGCCUGCGACCACCGCUCCAACACCGUGGAGCCGUUCUGGGAUCUGUCCCUGGAGUUCCCCGAGCGCUAUCACAGCAACAGCCGGGAGUCGGCCGCUCACGCCUCGUGCCAUUUGACGGAGAUGCUGGCCAAGUUUACAGAGACCGAAGCGCUGGAGGGAAACAUCUACGCCUGCGAGCAGUGCAACUCUGCUCGCCGGCGGUCCUCCUCCAAACCGGUCCUCCUGACUGAGGCGCAGAAACAGCUGAUGGUCCACAAACUGCCUCAGGUCCUGCGGCUUCACCUCAAACGCUUCAGGUGGUCUGGGCGGAACCACCGGGAGAAGAUCGGCGUCCACGUCCGCUUCGACCAGCUCCUCAACAUGGAGCCCUACUGCUGCCGAGACCCCUCCCCCUGCUCCGUUCCCAGCAGCCCCAGCAGCCCCUGCAGCGCCGCCGGCUCGCCGCGCCCCGAGCACUUCCUGUACGACCUCUCCGCCGUGGUGAUGCAUCACGGGAAGGGCUUCGGCUCUGGCCACUACACCUCCUACUGCUACAACACGGAAGGAGGCUUCUGGGUUCACUGUAACGACUCUAAGCUGAACGUGUGUUCGGUGGAGGAGGUCUGUCGCGCUCAGGCCUACAUCCUCUUCUACACACAGCGAGUAACUCAGGACAAAGACUGGCCUCUAUAGGACCUGACUCCUCCCCCCUCCCUCAGUGAGAACACAUUAGCACAGCCCCCACCUCUCGCUCUCUUUGGGCAUUUUUAUAUCCUGGGAGGAAAAAAAAGGUAUUUUUUUUUUAAGUCUAUUUUUCUAAACAAGGAAGAAAACGAGAGGGAUGAGUCCUUUUUUAAAAAAAAAAAAAGACUUUUAAUAAGUCUGGUUCUGAUUUGUGAACUUCUUGUACAUGGUGUUUAUAUGUAGGUAUUUUUUUAAAGAGAGAAAAAAAAAGAAAAUGGUGACGUUUGUGUACAGGUGUGUUUUUAUAAAAGAAGAAGAGUAUCAGCCAAGAUGUGUCUCAGUAGCAGCCGACAGACGGUGUCAUGAGUCUGUGGCUUGUCGGACUGUAAACAAUGUUUUUGUUUUUAUAAAUCAACUGAAAAAUGUCUCUCAGUCACUUUAGAUAGUCGUCACGGAACUGGACGUCGGGUUGUGGAACGUCCCUCACUAGAAAUGGCCUCCCCCGUGUUCUAGACGGGUGUAAAUGUAUAAAAAAAGAUGGCCGUGUUUCCUGCCAGAAAUGCACUAAUUUCUAUUAGAAAAAGGUUGUUGUUUUUUUGUUUUGUUUUUUUAAAUAUGGGUUUCUAGUUAGAAAGGUCACGACGUUCUCCUGCGUCUGUCAGGGGGAACGCGGCAGACCUCAAGCCAAAGCCUUGGAGGAAAAAAGAAAAGGAAAAAACAACCUCAGCAUUUCCAAAAUGGGUGUUUUUAUUCUUUCUGGGGGAAUAAAAGUAUUCCAAAAGGGACGUUAAUAUUGUUUUUUGCUCCAGAAUGUAACGUGUGAAUCCUCCCUUACCAGACGCAUACUAGUGUACUAGAAAAGUGCCCUUUUGUUGAGAUUAUAGUACGCCACCGGCAUAUGUGUGUAUAUAUACAUAUAUAUGUGUAUAUAUAUCAUCUCAUAUCAAGGAAGAACCUGCACCCAGACCAGCAUUUAUAUUAUGAAUGUAUUUUUAUAAGAGUCCUCCUCAGAGGGUUUUUAAAGCAACAAAAAGAGGCCAUUGACUGUUUUAAUAAACAAUAUGUAUACAACCGCUGAUUGUUCAACACCACCAGCAGUUAUGACUGUCCUAUCACCUUUAAGUGUACAUGCUGUAUUUUAUUUACUGUGUGUGUGUAUACAGAUUGAUAUUUAUCUCCAUACUGGAGAAAAACUGUACAACAUAUAAAAAAAAAAAGGUAUUUUCCACCUCAACCAUGUUCCCUUCAAAGCACACAUUGUUUUAUUUUUCCUUUUAUCAGACACAUUGAUGGCAUUGUUGUGUGUGUGUGUGCGCGCGUGUGUGUACAUUUAUGGAAGUUAUUCUAUGCAAAUUGUUACCUCAAUUUCUUCUAGAGAAAAUUACCUCAAUAAAUGAGAAUAUUUUUUCAUUUUUCUA